AUGAUUUACUCUGUUUGGAAUGUCAGGGGCCUGAAUGACCCUGGCAAAGUUGCCUCUGUAAGGAGGUUGCUUCAUUCUCAUUCAGUUGAUGUUGUUGGAUUGCUUGAAACAAAAAUCAAAUUGAAAAAUGUUCUCACUUAUCAGAGGAAGUUUGGCUCUCUUGGCUUUGGUUGUUUCAUUCAUUGUACUGUUUCUUCUAAGGAUCUCUCUACUCAAAUUUAUCUCACUGUUGUCUAUGGUCUUCACUCCAUUCAUGACAGGCUUUCUUUGUGGGAGGGGCUCAGAAGCAUCUCUAUCCAGCAUUCUCCUUGGCUUUUUGUUGGUGACUAUAACUCUGUUCUUCAUACUCCUGAUAGGCUUCAUGGUGCUGAUGUUACUGAUUAUGAGACUAGAGACUUUCUGAAUUUGGUUGAUGAUUUGGACCUCACUGAGCUCAAAAGCAAAGGGUCCUUCUACUCUUGGUCUAAUAAGGCUCAUACUUGUCCUAGAACGCUCUCUAGACUUGAUAGAGUCUUUGGUAAUCAAGCUUGGUUAGCUUCUCAUGGGCAUGUGGAGACUGUUCCUUUGACCAUUUUUGUAGUAGUGCCUCCUUCUUUAUCUGAUCAUAGUCCAGUUCUGUUGGAUAUUUGCUCCGGCCCUGUUGGGAAAGGUAGACCUUUCCGAUUUCUAAAUUGUAUUGCUGAUCACCCUGAUUUUCUUGAUAUUGUUUCGCAGGCUUGGGGUUCUGGUAGUUCUGUUUGGCAGAAGCUCAAUUCUGUGAAGUCUAGUAUCAAAUCUCUUAAUAGCAAGCAGUUUGGUAACAUUGAGGAAAAGAUUGACCAGGCUAAUGUUGAGCUUUCUAGAAUUCAAAACUUAAUGGCUCAGAACCCUGAUGAUUUGGAUUUAUAUGGUAAAGAAUCUGAUGCUAUUAAGGUUGUUAAGCACUGGAAUGAUAUUCAGGAAAGCAUCUUCAAGCAAAAGUCUAGGAUUCAUUGGGUUAAGCAUGGAGAUGGCAAUUCUCACUACUUCUUCUCUGUGAUGAAGACUAGGCAAGGAAGGAAUAGAAUUGAUUCCAUAUUUGAUUCUAAUCAGGUGUUGCCCAAGGAUACAGAUGUUAUUUCUCAUGAAAUUAUCUCUUUCUAUAAGUCUCUUUUAGGGACUCAGGCUUCUUAG